AUGCUGUUUUAAUUCAAUUUUGCAGAUGCUCAGCGCAUAACCUCCGUGUCCCCACGCAUAGGAAGCGUCAAUGGAGCCACACGACUCACCAUUCAAGGAGAUGGUUUUGCACAGGAGCGGCAGUUCCAGCUGAACCCAGUAGACGACAUGUUUGGAAACCGUGUGACCCUGGUGUCAAACACCCUGUCAGUCCCCUGUGAUGUGGAGAGAGACUCCACACACAGCAGCCAGAUUAUGUGCUACACCAGACCCAUGCCAUAUGAUUAUUAUGAAAUCCAUGUCAGCGUGGAUGGUGUUCCCAGCAUGUGCCGUUAUAGUUGGUUCUGCAGCUUUAGAACUGUUUGGUAUCGCACGCCUACUAUUGAAUCUCUGAGUCCAGUCAGUGGUCCUCCAGGCACAUUGGUGACCGUGUAUGGACGUAUCUUUACCGAUGUAUAUGGAAGCAACACAGACUUGAGCUCAAAUGGAAUCAACGCCAGAUUUCUGAGAUCCUACAUGGGAGGAAUGCCUUGUGACCUGCUUAAACCCAACUCAGAUGAACGGUAUAACCUCCAACUGGUUCCUCAAUCUUCACAAAUGGGAUACAUGAGCUGCAAAAUGACGGGGACGUUUGUUGGUCAUCAAAACCUGAGUUACAUUCUUGAUGCAGACUUUGGGAGGAGUCAGGCAGUGAAGAAGCUCUACAGGGUUUCAGCUUUGGGCAAGCUGUCCAUGUUUCAGACCUUUGCAGAGGUGACAGGGGUCUUGCCUUCAGAGGGUAGCAUCAUGGGAGGAACUCUGUUGACCGUUCAGGGUCGUUUUUUUGACGAAACUGAUCAACCAGCACGCGUUCUCGUUGGAGGCCUGCCUUGUGAAGUUCAGAGUGUGGACGAUGACAGAAUCACAUGCAAGACUGCAGAACACCAGAUGAACAAGAACGCAGCAGUCUACCCGGGCGGAAGAGGCUUGAAAAUGGAGGUGUGGAACAACUCGUGGCCCUCUUCUCUCAGCAAUAUUUGGAGCUACAACAAGAACACAACUGGCUACUGGUCUCAGUGGAUCGACUCCAUGCCCUACGUCUUACCCAGAGAAAUGGAUUACUUCACCACACGAUUUACAGGCUUCUUUGUCCCUCCUGCCACCGGCAACUACACGAUAUACUUGAACUGUGAUGAUCGGUGUGAUCUCUAUCUCAGCAACUCGAGCCGCCCUGAAAAUAAGGUUAAAGUUGCAUAUCAGCCGUAUUAUGUCAAUGACUACACACAACUGGCGUCACAAAAGUCACAAGUACUGGCCUUGGAGAAAGACAAACCGUAUUACAUGGAAAUUCUUCAACAGGAAUAUGCCGGUGCAGCUACCAUCAACUUGGGCUUGUUCCAAGGGGAGAGUUCCUACACAGAAGACCAGACGGAUGAUGCUGUCAAUGAAGUCCAGGAUAUUGGUGCUGAUUACGACGUGUUUGAUGAGGAGCAGGUGGUUACCUUUGACAUGUGGCCCGCCAAUGUGGCUGGAGUCAAGGAAGUCCAGAACGUGACUGUGAGCAGCAGCUGUUCUGACGCAGUCUGUAGUAGCGCCUUCUUCAGCCUCGGCUAUGGACGUGCUAUGACUGCACCGAUCGCAGUCAGCGCUUCAGCAGCUGAGGUAGAAACAGCCUUGAACAGCCUGUGGUCCAUCAAACCCGACACGGUCAUGGUCACCAAACAGCAAAGCAGCGAAGGGUCUCACUUUAUAGUCACUUUCAAUUCUGACAGAGGUGACUUUAAACGUCUUCACUUUGAGGUUUUUGGUUCGGACACCAACAUCACUGUUACUGAGGUUACCAAGGGGAGGGGCAACAUGAAAACCUUCACUCUGCUCUGGGGAAGAAUCCCUACAAAGCCCAUCGCCUUCAAUGCAUCCAAAUCUGAGGUUCAGUCGGCUCUGGAAGAUCUGAUGAAAGCAGAGUGUCCAGGGGAGAUCUUGACUUUUGAAGGCACUGAUGUGAAAUACUUCAAAGACUUUGAAAAUGACACUUCGCAGUUCAAUAUUGCAAACGGAGGGACGCCUGUAGAUCACUCGGGAUUCUGCGGCCGGUGGUCGCUGAAGAACGCAGAGAUCCUUUUCAAGGACAGCUACACAACAGAGUCUGGAGAUAAAUAUGGACCGGUUUCAUUGGACAAGCACCCAAUGCUUUGCUUUGCAUACAAGGGAAUGUUGAAAGAUGAAGUUGGAAUGAGGUUCACUUACCAGGACAGCAAAGGCACAACGCUAACACUCACAACAAAGAUCAACACUAUCUUCAACAAGGGCUCCAAAUGGAGUUACAAAUGCAUGAAUCUGCAAAGUUCUCUGCAGACACAAUACAUUGGGAGCAGAUACAGUCUGCUGGAGUUCUACCUGUACAAGGAUACUUCUGGUGAAGAUUUCUACAUAGAUGUCGUUCAUAUCGGAAAGAUGGCCACUGCAAUUGAUGAAAAUGCUGUUCCUAACAAGAGGAGGCCCGCUCCUUUUGAGAAUUCUGGUCGGUCCUUCGAGUUGAUCUCCGUCAGCAAACAUGCAUCAUCUGCUUCACGGAUCAGCUAUGAGAUCAAAGCCACACCUGUAGACUGUGCGUUUGAUUUUCCACUGCUAAGCGUCGGCUUCCUGCAGAUGUCCAACAACAGUGAGGACGCGGCUGAGUUUAAAGAAGGAGCUGCCACAGUGACCAUCGCCCGCCCUCACCGAGCCUCCCCUCCUCUGAACGGCACUUUUGAUGCGAUGAUUUACGGUGGUCGAGCUGAAGGUUUAUCUGUGGACAUCAGUAAGGAGGACCUGAAGUAUGCCCUGGAGGGAAUUGCAGGGAUGGGCCAGGUCACCGUCCAAAAGUCUGGAACCUGCAGACGUCCCCAGUGGAGAGUUAAGUGGCUCACAAAGCCAGGAGACCAACCUCUGAUCCAGUUCGAUUACUCGUCAGUUGUCGGGGAAAAUGUCAUUAUUUCGGCCACGGAAACACGAAAGGGAGGUCUGUGGAUUCGAAGCCUGACAGGAGACUUUUUCCGAGUGUGGGAAAACAAACCACAGGUGGAGGUUCAAAUCAACGGCAUCCCAUCAAAGUGUUCUGGUGACUGUGGCUUUAUAUGGUCCGAAGAGAAAACUCCAGUCGUGACAGGAAUCAGCCCGUCUCAAGGUUCUAAUGGUCUGGGGACUCUCUUAACUGUCACUGGGACUGGCUUCGGCAGUGAAAAUGCUUCCAUCAUGGUGGGAAAGGCCAGGUGCCACGUUGAAGCAACCACAGCUACCACUCAAGUAUGCAGACUUGGCAGCACCAGUGCCGGCACCUACCCAGUGUUAGUAAGCUUCCCCUCUCUGGGCGAUUCACGCUUUUCAGACAGCAACUUCCUCUUUACCUACCAGCUCAUCGUGUCUUCUUUCGUCCCGCUCUCUGGAAGCGUUGCAGGAGGGACCCUGCUGACAGUGAGAGGCUUUGGCUUCAGCCAGAACGCUACAGUUACUGUUGGCAGUGCAGAGUGCACACUGAUUGAUUCAACUGACACUGAACUGAAAUGCAGAACACCAGCAGGAGCUGUGGGAUCACAGACGGUCACGGUGUUGUUGGGAAACAUGAGUCAGACGGCCAUCAGCUCCUUCACCUACGAUAAUAACCUCACCCCACAGAUCACAGGCCUGAAUCCCCUGACCACCACUGUGAUUGGCCACCGAGUUCUCACCAUCCAAGGUUUGAACCUCGGGCAGCGAGACAAUGACAGCAUCGUGCUUGUAGGAAGGAGGGAAUGUGUCACUGUGCUUUGGACGGAAGCAAACAUCACCUGUCUUCUCCCUGUGCUGCCGCCUGGCAUGCAUGAGGUGGACGUGCAGGUUGGGAACAAUGGCUACCCCCAGACGAGCAAUGGUGUAAACACGACCAUUGAGUACAUCCUGGAAGUCUACAGCGUCUCGCCGUUGUUCGGUUCUUUGAUGGGAGGAACCAAGCUGACCGUUUCUGGCUCUGGUUUCAGCAGCAAUGUAUCUGACAACACUGUGUCUGUUGGAAACGCUGCUUGUGAAGUGACGGCCGCCUCAGAGAAUGAGCUGCAGUGUGUUGUGCAAUCAGAGGAGAAGACCCACAUCGUUACCAACCAGGGAUUUGAUCGCGUUUAUGGGCAGGGAAAUGCGUGGAGUCCAGCCUCACUCACCGUAUUCGUUGGCGACACGGUAAUGUGGCGUUGGGAGGCACCAGCCUUUCAGGAAGUUGGGUACCGGGUCUUCAGUGUUUCCAGCCCAAGCGGCACCUCUUAUGAAGGAGGACCUUUCACCAGUGGAGAGACCAAAACUGCCCAAGGAUUUUUCAGCUACCGUUUCACCGCGCCCGGGGUUUAUUACUACAGCAGUGGCUACAUAGACAAUGCCAACCUCAGACUCCUGCAGGGAGUCGUGAGAGUCCAGAGUCGGGAGGAAAAGAGCAGCAAGGUCUCUGUCCGAGUGAAGGGCAUUGAGGCCAGACAUGUGGCUGGAAGUUCACGUCGUGUCUCCAGAGCAGCGCCACAGUGCAUUGCCUCCCCACAGUGCCAACAGUCCUAUCAGACUGAUACGUUUUCCCUCAGUACCUCCGCCUGCACCACUCCCAUGGUUUACUCCAUUUCUCCCAACCAGGGCUCAUACCACAAAGUGAUCCAGAUCAAGGGCAAAAGCUUCAGCGACGUGGCCUGUGCUAAUGAGGUGAUGGUGGGAGAUCAGCCCUGUCAGGUGAUCAACAGCUCCCAAUCUGAGAUUAACUGCCAGCUCAGUCCCAGCAGUGAACUUCCCAUCGGCCUUGCUCUCCCUGUGGCCGUCAGAGUCAACAACCUAGGCAACGCCAUCAUCGCUGUGCCAAAUGAGCUUGAGCGUCGCUUUGUGGUUCUCCCAGUGGUUGACUCAGUCUCGCCUCCUAUCGGAAGCCCCACUGGCCACACUAGGCUCCUCAUCCGCGGUUCUGGCUUCUCAGAGGGACUCGUAAUUGUAGCCAGCGAGCUCUGUCGCAUCCACUGCCUGACGCCUCCUAACACUGUGGGGCUGGUGAGCGUCAUUUUGCAGGUCUUCUCUGUGCAGUAUCCUCCUCUCAACUUCAACUACUCCACCGCCCACACUCCUGUCAUCAGCUCCAUCAGCCCCACCACAGGACCGAGCGGGUCCGUCAUCACCCUGACAGGUUCAGGCUUCGGCAAUGACUCUCAGCUCAUCACCAUCACCAUAAAUGGCGUCCCUUGCAAUGUUUCCACGGUCUCCGACACACAGGUCCAGUUCGCCGCAGGAAACAAUCCAGGGGCGACAUACCCAGUCAUGCUGCAUCACCAGGUCAAAGGUUAUGCCCAGUCAGGAGUCGUGUUCACGUAUGAACUGACGCUCAGCAGUGUGCAGCCCCGUGAAGGUAGUUUCGGUGGCGGUGCGCUGCUGUCCAUCCAGGGCUCUGGGUUUGAUCCACUCAACUCCACUGUGCGGAUCUGUGGGGAGGAAUGCCAGGUUCACAGAGAAACAUCCACAUCCACCCACCUGUACUGCCGGUCUCCACCUCACAACAGCACUCAGUCAGAGGUCAGCUGCGUUGUUGCCGUCAUUAACCCACAUGAUGCGGUCAACGUGUCAAACGGCUUCACCUAUAGAUCUCAGCUGACUCCAGUGAUCACUCAGGUUUCUCCUCGCAGAGGCGGCACUGCUGGAGGCACCCGGCUCACAAUCACCGGCUCUGGUUUCAGCACUGACAUUAACAAGAUCAACGUGACGAUCGCAGAGUCCGUGUGUGACGUGCAGUCCGCCAACAGCACGCACAUCAUCUGCGUGACCAGCGCUCAGGGGCAAUCUCAGGGAACCAAAGUCAGGGUCAGCAUCGGAAACCAAGGCAUCGCCAAGAUGGACAACGCAGUUUUCUUUUACAUUGACGUGUGGUCGUCCAAGUUCACGUGGGGAGGUCUGUCUCCACCUGAGGAGGGCACGUUCGCUGUUAUUACUAAAGGCCAGACCAUCCUGCUGGACACCAGCACACCUGUGCUCAAAAUGCUGCUUAUUCAAGGAGGGACGUUAGUGUUCGAUGAAGCCGACAUCGAGCUGCAGGCAGAAAACAUCCUGAUCACCGACGGCGGUCGGCUCCAGAUCGGACAGGAGGGAGCGCCGUUCCAACACAAAGCCAUCAUCACGCUCCACGGUCACCUGCGUUCACCUGAACUUCCUGUUUAUGGAGCCAAGACGCUGGCUGUCAGAGAGGGCGUGUUGGACCUCCAUGAACCGCUGAACUACACUCACCUCGGGGUGUCCGUGACGCUGCCUGAUGGUACGGUGUUUGAGGGCAGAGCUGAGGUGGGGCUCCUCACCAGGAACAUCGUCGUGCGAGGUUCACAGAAUCAAGAAUGGAAUGACAAGGUUGAAGCCUGCCCGGGCGGCUUCAACACAGGUGAGUUUACCACCCAGACAUGUUUCCAAGGACGGUUUGGAGAGGAGGCCGGCAGCGAUCAGUUUGGAGGUUGCAUCAUGUUCCACGCCCCCAGACCAAACGAGAAUCUUGCGAUUGGCCGAUUGGAAUAUGUUGAGGUUUUUCACGCCGGACAGGCCUUCAGGUUGGGACGUUAUCCCAUCCACUGGCAUCUGAUGGGAGACAUCAAUUACAAGUCGUACGUGAGGGGCUGUGCGAUUCAUCAGACCUUCAACAGGGCCGUAACCAUCCACAACACCCACCGGCUUCUGGUGGAGCACAAUGUGAUCUACAACAUCAUGGGUGGGGCUUUCUUCAUUGAGGACGGCAUUGAGACACAGAACAUCCUGCAGUACAACUUGGCUGUGUUUGUCAAACAAAGCACCAGCCUGCUAAAUGAUGACGUCACUCCCGCCGGCUACUGGGUCACAAAUCCCAAUAACAUCAUUCGCCACAAUGCCGCUGCAGGGGGAACGCAUUUUGGCUUCUGGUACCGCAUGCAUGACCGCCCUGAUGGCCCUUCCUACAACCCAAACAUCUGCCAGAAGAGAGUUCCCCUUGGUGAGUUUUAUAACAACACUGUGCACUCUCAGGGCUGGUUUGGACUGUGGAUCUUCCAAGAUUUUUUCCCCAUGAAGAACGGAGGGUGCCAGUCCUCGAUCCCCGAGCCCGCUGUCUUCCGUUCUCUCACCACCUGGAACUGCGAAAAGGGUGCUGAGUGGGUCAAUGUAGGCGCCGUGCAGUUCAACAACUUUCUCAUGGUCAACAAUGAGAAAGCAGGCAUCGAAGCCAAGCGUAUCGUUCAAUGGGCUGUGAAGGGCUUUGGAGAAGACGGCGGGGCGACGGUGUCCAAUAGCACCUUUGUGGGUCACGUGGACGAGCUCGGACUAGGCAGCAACUUCUGCACGCACCGCGGCGUCAUCCUGCCUUUCGACGACGGCAUGAGCGUCAUUAACAGCAAGUUCAUCAACUUCAACCGCAGCUCCUGCGCAAACGUCGGGGUAACCUCGAUCGACGGGGUGUGUGUGGAGCUCUGUGGUGGCUGGGCUGCCAGGUUCAGUGGCAUCCAGUACAUGAACUCACCCAACAAGGCCGGCUUCAGGUGGGAGCAUGAAGUGCAGCUGGUGGACACUGAUGGCUCCCUAACAGGAAACAUAAAUCAUGUAGUUGUGCCUAUGAGCGACCUGCUGGACCCUGCUCACUGCUCCCACAGUGCCGAGUGGAGCGUGGGUUUCCCCGCCGCUGUGUGCGACGAAACUGUUAACUUCCACCGUCUGGCAUUUAACAACCCCUCCCCGAGCUCUCUGGUGGCCAAGAACGUCAUCCUAACCAACUCACAUGGGAGCUCCAGGGUCCCCUUUUUGAAGAAGAGACUAACUCAUCCAUUUGGAUGGAUGGCCUUGCUGCCCUCUGGACAGACGUACAACUGGUAUUUUGAAAAUGUGGAUCACGUGACCAACAUCACUUACAGCGGAAAAUUCUACAGCUUUAAGCGGGAUCAGUACGUCAUCGUCAACCACAACUUCACGCAGAGUCCAGACAGUUUCCAGAUCAUCGACAGGAGAAACGGCUCAUUGACGCCACUGAGCUUCAGCGACAACAGGAACGGAGAUUGGUACUUCAAUGAAAGCUCCAACAACCUCUACUACAUCGUAUCUGGGAAGACAAGCCAGCACAGUCGGAGGUCCAGCGUUGACCGAUCUAUGAUUGACGUUCAGACAAACUUUGCGGUCUUCCGCUGUUUCUACCCCAACUGCAUCCCUCCAACACCACCGCCUCCAGCCACUCUCGCAAAUAAUAUAUUUUCUUGUCCAACAGGCGUGUUCGGCACACUGGAGCUCUACGGACUUCCUUGCAAUGUUUACCGCACCAAACUCGCCGCUACUGCUAACGCUGGAUCCAACACACUGACGCUGUCGCAGUCGGUCGACUGGCAGGUUGGAGACGAGGUUGUAAUCUCCACCAGCAGCUACACCACAUGGGAGACGGAAAAACGUCAGAUCACUGCCGUGUCAGCGGAUGGCUUCGUCCUGACCCUGAACCAGCCUUUGACCCACACUCAUAUUGGUGAGUCGGUGACAGAAAAAGAGUCAUACAUUCAGGGCUGCGCUUUCCACGACGGCUUCUCUCCGGCCGUCGGCGUUUUUGGAACAGACGGCCUUAAUGUUGAUGAUAACAUCAUCCACCACACUGUCGGAGAAGGCAUCAGAAUUUGGGGAAAUAAGGUGAAACUGAGGAGGAACUUGGUGAUGAUGACACUGUGGCCUGGAUCGUACCAAGACAGAGAGGAGCCUUUCAACUUUAACUGGAAUGCUGCCAUUGAGGUUAGCGAGGGGACAAACAUCGUGCUGCAGCACAACAUUGUGGCGGGUUAUGAGAGAGUGGCGUAUCGCAUUGAUGGCGAACCAUGCCCAGGUUAUAUAAAUGAUAAUGAGGCUUGGAUUCAUAACGAGGCUCACGGCGGUCUGUUCGGGGUCUAUCUGAACAAUGACGGUUUGCCUGGUUGCUCCCACAUCCAGGGUUUCUUUGUCUGGAGGAGCUUUGACUACGGCAUCUACUUCCAGACCAUCAUGAAUGUCAUGGUUUCCAACGUGACCCUGGUGGACAACGGCAUGGGAAUCAUGCCUAUGAUCUAUGGUCCCCCUUCUCUCUCCCAUGGAUUUGCCAAUAAAACAGUGCUAAUUCAGGUGAGAUGCUUUAUUUACACAACAUUUGUCAACUUCAGAAAUGUCUGCUCUUCUGAGGCAAACGUCAUGUUCAUCACAAACCCACUGAAUGAAGACCUGCAGCACCCUGUGCAGAUUUCAGGCAUUCAGAUGAUCAACAGCACAGACGAGGCCAAAGUGUUUAUUCACAGACCUGAUUUGGGUAAAGUAAACCCUGCUGACUGUGUGGACAUGGACUGUGACGCGAAGAAGAAGAGCUUGUUGAAUGACUUGGAUGGGUCGUUCCUAGGGGCAGUGGGCGCUGUGGUGCCGCAAUCUGAAUAUGAGUGGGGAGGAGAUCCCAGGAGGGGGCUGGGCGACUAUCGCAUCCCCAAAGUUAUGCUGACAGCCCUCAAUGGCAGCCGAAUCCCGGUGAACCAGAUUGCUCCAAACAAAGGUGUGAUCAGGAGAACAUGCACCUACAUGAGUUCCUGGCAGAGCUACAAGUGCUUCGGCCUGAACUACAGGAUGUUGGUGAUUGAAAGUCUCGACGCUGACACGGAGACCAGACGUCUGUCCCCCGUCGCUGUGGUUGGAGACGGCUACGUGGAUCUGAUCAACGGUCCUCAGGAUCACGGUUGGUGUUCUGGCUACACCUGCCAGAGGAGACUUUCCCUCUUCCACAGUAUCGUAGCCACUGGUCACUCCUUUGACGUUUACUUCACGAGCGUCAGCCCGCAAAAGCUUCGCCUCAUGAUGCUCAACUCGAAUCCAUCUGAGUACGUCCCCGAGCUAAAUGCCACAGUGGGCACAAACUACUUUGACCAGGACUAUAAGAUGCUGAAGGUCGUGCUGAGAGGCUCUCAACCAGUGGAGAUCCGUACUUCCCCGGUUCUCGUCAUCGCCUUCGGGUUCCCCGCAAUGACCGAGGAGGAGUUCUAUGGCAGCAGCCUGGUCCAGAACCUCGCCUUGUUCCUCAAAGUUCCUCCCAACAUGAUCCGCAUCUCCAAGAUCAUCAGGGAGAACGGAGGCGCGCGUCGCAGGAAGAGAUCCACGGGCCUGACGGUGGAGGUGGAGAUCAAAAAGCCUCCUGUCCAGCAAACCACAAACAGCACCAACGAUGACGAGGACUUUACACUGCUGAAGAACAUCGCUGAUGAACUGGGUCAGGCAGCAGUGACCGGAAACCUCAGUCAGUCCAUCGGUUUUAACGUCUCCUCCAUUGGCAUGGUCCCACCUCCUCCUCCAUCCUCAGACCCCAGCUGGAAUGGGGUGGCGACAGAGGAAGUAACGAGAGAGGAACCUACCGUGAAUUACGUGUCCGGCGUGGACCGCCUGCUGCUGAUCGAGGAGCCGAUAGCCGGGGAGUUUGUAGGUCCUCUUUACCAGCAGCCCAGUCUGAUGGCUGUGGAUGCAGAGGGAAACUGCGUCUCCGUGGGAGUGACGACUCUCAUGGUUACAGCCAGCCUGAAGGACUCCGAUGGAAACAGCGUUGGUGGGCUUGAAGGAAACACAACCAUCCUGUUCAGAACCUGCUGGGCCAACUUCAGCGACCUGUCCAUUGUUAACAGCGGUGAGAACCUGACAAUGGUCUUCACUUUGAAGGACUGGGGCACCACAUCAAGAGCCUUCUCCAUUAAAAACACUCCCACCACCCAGAUCCCGACGACCAGCAGCAACAUUACAGAGCCGACACCUACCACGACCACUGGUCAGGUCACCGACGACAGCAUCUUCGGCUCUGGCACCACUGCUUCUGCUGGCGCUCUGUGCCUGGCUAGCGUUAUCUACACCGUGGCCUGCUGCUCCGAUGCUGUCCCCAUAGGUUAGAAGAGCUCAGCCCGCUUUAUGAAGGAUAAUGUAAAGUCACGUUAACAUGAAGGACAAAAACUAACCUCUUGUUGAAAGUUUAUUGCAAGUGGUAUAUUUUUCCAUUGCUUAUAGCCUUCAAAUCAAUAUCCAUUAGAACAAAAAUCUUCUCAGGUAAAAGGGAUUUAUGAAGAAUACAACAACAAAUAAUUAUUUUUACUAUUUCAUGAGGUAAAAGUAAAGCUUUUUUUGAAUGAUUUUGUGCAUUAGAUGUUAAUUUCUGUUAGUUUUUGGGUUCUUUCAUUGUGUUUUGUGUAAGAUUUAAUAUGGGUGUGAGGUCCAAAUAGAUUACCUCUACUUUUAAAAAGUGCAGCAGUGAAAUUGAAACUGCAAACAGCUGAAGGAAAACAAGAAAUUUUGCAGUUUUCUGCAUGUUAAUGAUUGUUUGA